AUGAAGAAACUGUUUGGAAAAAAGGAUAAGGAGAUGACUCCUGAGCAACAUCGGGAGUUUCUUGAAUCUCAUGGAAUCACGGUUAGUGGCGGAAACAAGCGUGCUACCAAGUUUGAUCAGUUCAGCGCCUAUGCUCAGAAAGUAACUCAAUCAAGAAACACGCCCCUGGGCCCUAAUAGUUUUAAGAAUGCUGAAAACAGUGAUCCUGCCUUUACGUCUGAAACUGGUGGAAGUCACUCGUCAAACCCUUAUGCUACAGGUUCCUCGUCAUCAAACCCCUAUGCCAAUGCCAGUGUUAAUUACAACAAAUCAGUGCCUAGUGGGACUGGCAAUGCUGCCCAACGACCAUAUGGUGGAAACUAUGGAAACUACGGAAAUAACAGGCAAAAUAAUUCGGCACCAGUUUUGGACUCCAAGUCUCAAUAUGGAACUGCUUCCACAUCUCAAUCUUCUUCUCCUUACGCAUCAGCCGAGACGUCAUAUUCCAAUCGAUUUGGAGCUGGGAAUGGUGCACCCUUAACUCGAACAGAGACCACAGACACGACGGCCGAGGCGAGAGCUAAAUUAUUCCAAGGAGCUUCUACCCAGGCUGGUGCUUUUGCUGGUAGAUCAUCUAUGGGAAAUAGUAACAGUGCUGCCAAAAAGCCAAUUUCGGCGGAAGAUGAACUUUUCGAGCUCCCGAGUGAACUGGAUCAAAACGCUCCUCCUUCUCAAAAUGGUUAUGGCCAAGAACAACAGCAGGAGCUUGACUCUGAAGAUGAGGAUGUAGAAGCUAUCAAGGGUCAAAUUAGAUUCACAAAAAAGGAGUCUGUUCAAUCCACUCGAAAUGCAUUAAGAAUGGCGGCUGAGGCAGAAGAAAGUGGCCGGAACACUCUUGGAAUGCUAGGUUCUCAGGGUGAGCGUAUAGCUAAUACUGAGCGUACUUUGGCACUGGCCGAGACCCAAAACAAAAUUGCUGAAGAGAAAGCCAGGGAGUUAAAAAUUGCCAACAGACCAUUAUAUGUACCACACAUGUCGAAUCCAUUCAACGCAAAACGUAGGUUACAAGAACAGGAAGCCAAAAUUAAGGCUGAGCACAUGUUUGAGCAGAGAAAUAGGGAAGGCCGCCGGCAGAUGGCCUAUGAUUCCCAGCAGCGCAUCAUAAAAGGUCUCAAUGGCGACAACAUGAGUGAGACUGCUCAGAAAUAUAGAAAUCAGAAAUUCGCCAGUAGUGCGGAGAGACAGAAAUACCAGUUUGAGGGUGACUCUGAAGAUGAGGAUCUAGAAAAUGAGAUCGACUCUAACCUUGAUGGGUUAAGUUCUGCCGCUAGCCGUCUAAACAAGCUAGCUCUGGCUACCAAUGAAGAAAUAACCAGACAGAACGAACGUCUUGAUAGAAUCGCUGAUCAAACGGAUAUGCUCGAUGUAAAUGUUCAUUUGAACACAUCGAGAUUACAGAACAUCAAAUAA